CCACGACAAGCACAAGCCUGGCGAAACGGGUGGAAGCCAACAAAGUUGGGGUGGUGGAGAUGGCACUGGACAUGGACAAGACACCAUGGACCACGAGAAGGGCAGGAACGGUGGAACAUGCGGCCCAGAGGAACCGCGUGGAGGAACCGGCAAGGGUGUCGACGACGUGUCCGAGGGGGGCAAACGGCAGGCAACCAAGGACGGGCUUUCAACGGGUGCGCCGGCAGGGGACUGCGGCGGGGCAACGGAUAUGGAGAUCCGUGAACUACGAAGGAAAUCUCAUGGGUUUCAGCGGCUCGCACUCGCUCGAGAGGGGAGGGGAGGGCAGGAAGUCAGAUGGGCAGAAAAGGUCGGGGCGUGAAAAGGAAACAGCGAAGGGGAGCAGCAGGAAGGGCGGGCGUUUUACCGACGAUGAGGAUCUGGACGGGAAAUCGAGCGGAGGUCAACGAGGCAACGACAAAAAGGUGGGCGACCCUGAUGAAGACGAGGAUGCCGACGAUCUUGCCUCCGAUUAUGAAGAACUUGCCUCCGACUAUGAAGACGACCACGAUUAUGAAGACGACCGCGAUGACGAAGCCGACAGCGAAGACGACCGCGAUGAUGAAGACGACCAACAAGGCGGGAUCAAGAAGGUGAUCAAGAAGGAAUGUGCCAGGGGUAAGAGCAAGGGCAAAGGGGCGGAUAGUGAAACGGACGAAGACACGGACGAGGAAACUGGGCUGUGGGGGGACGUAGAUGGCGGAGGAAUUGCGCACCUUGGCCACGCAUUCGACGUGAAGGAGUCAGCCUACGACACGUUGGAGGCCACAUUCAUUCGCCACGGUCAUCGGGGAGCUCGAAGAAGAAGGGCAUCUAACCCUNCAAGAAGGUGA